CAGUACAUUACAGGAAUGGCACUACUCGAUGAUUUUGAUCUCCUUCAAAGACAUAUAAAGAAUGUAUUUGUAACGAAUGAUACGAGUCUUGUUUCUGAAAUGGUGUUGGACACACAGACAGAGGACACACUCUCUAACCGGAAAUGGACGAGGAGACUCAGCUCAAUACGGUCCUCUGAAAGGUUUCAGAACCCGCAGCCGUUUGGCAGUUACGAUAUGUUCGUAGCUAAUGAAGACGUGCGCACACAGAAACACAGGGCAGUGGCUCGCAACACUUCCAACGUGAGUCAGACGCAGGUAGUUUCUCUAGACACCAGUAAAGUUAGCAAGAAUAUUGACGCGGAUACGGUCUUCAAACCCGUACCCUUCAACAGUGCACCUUCCACCAAGGGGCGCUCUUCUUCCUUUUCUCUUCUCAUGGCUAAAACUAAAAACGUUAAAAAUCCGUUUGUAAAGUACGUUAAGUUCGACGCUCAAAAAUCUUCACACACAAUUAAACUGAGAGUGACUCUAACCAUGGCUAAGAACCCUGAGGACACUAUUGAUAUGAAUGUGAUAUCAGCGGCCACAGUAGAUGAAGCUAUAGGUCUGAUCCUCUUUCAGUAUUGUACCGAGGGGAGGCAACCUCAGUUGGGGGGCACUGUUGAUGAUUACUGUUUGAGGCAUCUUCAGACAGAUGAUGAUGACGAUGACGAUAUUCUGAUGUUCCAACCGUUAGCAUCACGUGACCUUAUAAAGAAGUAUUACUCUUAUCAUUUUGGGUAUGGAGCGCUUGAGUUGGCCCUUUAUAAGGAGGAUAAGGACGAGAAGAUCAUUGUGAAGAUACAUUUCGAUGAUAAGACUCACACCACCUUCCAUUUCCGGAACACGAAAGUGAAAAUGAAGGAUAUUUUUACACGUGCUGUGAAGAAAAGAACUCAGUUCAGGGCAACUUCAGGGGUGUAUAACGAGCAGAGCAGCCAACGAGACGAGAAAAACUUAGCUCGAAUGAGCGGGAAAUAUGUUCUAGAAAAACUUACCUCUCCGGGGGAUUCUGUGAAAUUAGAGGGUUUCCUGGAGGACAUGAACACGUUAGAAUUCAGGCUGGUGAGGACUCAUUCCAAGAGAACUAGUCAGGUAGAGAUGGAGGCUGACACGGUGAUGGGGUACAGUCGCUUUGAGUCCCUUAACUACGAGGUGUUUGUGGUUCAGAUCGAGGCAAGGGUUAUUAAAAAGAAAAUUGAUGUUCAGUUGGGUAUUUCAGGGGAUAAGAUCGAGAUUGACCCGCUUACAAAAUCACCUCUGCCGCCUUUUAAGCUGAAAGCAGAGAGCAUUCCUUGCAAAAAUUUGAUCUCUUCUGAGAUUUUGGUUGACAGAUUCAGCGGUGACCGAUUGAAACUUAAACUAAUUUACCUGAACGAUAAUCAAGACCCGAAAGAUUACAUUUUCGAAGCCCCCUCAAAGGGUGACCACAUUCACCGCAAGAUAACUUUCAUCAUAAAUCAGCUGCAAAGCAAAAUAAGACAGAACUAUUUCUUGUACAGGAAGUAUAACACACAGUCUAGCAGUAGUGCUAGUAAGUUAAGUUCGUUCUUGUCGGCGCCGUUUGGUACGCCUCGAUGAGACUCCACGAUUUUAAGUUCUUUGAUUUGAUUUUAGCAGUUUUAUUUAAUUUUUGCUUGGUGUGACGUUGUUUCGAGAAGGGUUUUCUCCUUAUUUUAGUUGGCUGGUCUGUGACCAAUGAAAUUGAGUCAGAGGUUCAUAACAAUAAGUUUUUAUACCUUUUCCACGUCCAUUCAAUAGUUACAUUGUUUUAUGUUCAUAACAUGAUUCAAUGAACUAUAAAGCUAUAAGGCUGCCUUGAUUCCAUUACAUAUAAAUUAGAGCAUUCCUGUUGUUUACUUACAACUGUUUUCCCUCUGUAUUUUCUUUAAAUCUAAGUUCUUAAAGUCAAUUGAACGAAAACUUGCAAUUGAUAACGUGCUUGUGAUGGUAAUGCCAUUGAUCACAUUAUUUUGUCGACAAAUUCGAAUCAAGUGAAUAAUGUAAUCUGAGAUAAUAAUGAAACCUCUAAUUGCGGACCAGCUUUAGUUUGGUCCGAUUUUCGGUGUUUCUGUUAAAUUCAAUAGAUACAAUGAAAAUGAAUUUAGUGGUUUGUGUAUGUGAAUAGAUAAUUCAACAAUGCUGCAAUUUCAGAUUUAAUGCUGUCGACAUAAGUUUGUUCAUUAGUCGCCAAUUAUUAUUUUACCGUUUACGAGGCAUAGGUAUAUGACAUAGCUUUUGAAAAGUUUAUAAACUCGAUUCUUAUGAUAAUUUGGAUGGUUUUUAGGCUGUGAUUCUAAUUAAUUGAAAAUAGGUCGAGGAGCUUUAAUUAAAAACUUUUAAAAAUUGAUUAAGGAAUUUUCUUGUAAAGCUAGAUUCAAUGCUAAGGACAUGAUUUAUUGACUAAUAAAAAUAUGGUAAAAGCUUAUUUUAUAAAGGAGCAUAUGUAAAAAGCUGGCCUCAUAGUAAGAUUGUGUUGUACUGAAGUUUGUCUGUCAUCUCGGAACUGAUUCAGUGGUCCACUGUGUUUUAUGUAUUUUGUGCGCUAAUUUGAUUCUGGGCUGGCAAUAUUCUGAUUUUUGCAGUUUGAUUCUUUAUAUUUGUUGUUUUGAUACAAGAUUGUGAUGCGUUGACAAUGCCAUUUAGUUUUUGAUUUUCUGUAUAUUUUUUAAUUGAUCUUGUUUGAUAUUAAGUUUA